GUCUUCGUAAGCGGUGUGUGCGCGCGCUUGCCUCGCGAGAUGGCCAAACCGAGCUUUCAGCGUCUGGGAACGUCCAUUGACGUACCGAACGUCCAAGCUCUUGCAGCUUCCAUCGCAAACCCGGCUGACGUCCCUCCUCGAUACGUCAGGACGGAAGCCAAGGCUGAUCCCGUCGUUAGCGACGGCGACAGCGAGCUUCCGGUCAUCGAUUUCUCCAGGCUCCUCCAUCACCGUUUCUCUAAGGAAGAGUAUGCUAAGCUCCACCAUGCCUGUGCAGACUGGGGCUUCUUCCAGUUGAUAAAUCACGGAGUUCCCGAUCAAGUGAUGGAGAAGAUCAAGGCUGAUAUAGUAGAAUUCUUUAAGCUUCCCUUGGAAGAGAAGAAGGCAUUUGCGCAGUUGCCGAACAGCUUGGAAGGUUACGGCCAAGCCUUCGUCAUGUCUGACGACCAAAAGCUGGACUGGGCGGACAUGCUGUCCCUCAUAACUCGACCACUGCACUCGAGGAACAUCGAUCUCUGGCCCGCUCAACCUCUCACUUUCAGAGACUCUCUCUCUUGCUACUCCAUGGAGCUGAAGAGCGUGGCAGGAACUUUGCUGGAGGUGAUGGCGAAGAAUCUGGGGGUCGCACCGGAGGAGUUCUCUUCUAUAUUUCAGGACCAAACGCAGGCAGUGAGGUUCAACUAUUAUCCCCCAUGUCCAAGAGCUGACGAGGUGUUGGGCCUCUCACCACACACGGACGGCAGCGGCUUGACGUUACUCCUACAGGUGAACGACGUUGAAGGACUCCAUAUCAGGAAGAGGGGGAAUUGGUUCCCCGUGAAGCCACUCCCCGGCGCUCUCAUCGCUAACAUCGGUGAUAUCAUCGAGAUAUUGAGCAAUGGUGUGUACAAAAGCGUCGAGCAUCAGGCGAUAAUAAACGUCAAGGAAGAGCGUCUCUCGAUUGCUACCUUCCAUGGGCCAAGAGAAUAUUCGGCGGUGGUUGGUCCUCUUGCAGAGAUCGUGAAGGGGUGCAAUCCAAAAUAUGUGUCGAUGAGCUAUGGAGAGUUCAUGAAAGCUUAUUUAUCCACAAAACUAGAAGGGAGGAGGCUCAUGGAAAGCCUCAAGCUAUGGGUGUGUGUGUGCGCGCGCUUGCUUCGCGAGAUGGCCAAAUCGAGCUUUCAGCGUAUGGGAUCGUCCAUUCACGUCCCGAGCGUCCAAGCUCUUGCAGCUUCCAUCGCAAACCCGGCUGAUGUCCCUCCUCGAUUCGUCAGGCCGGAAGCCAAGGCUGAUCCCGUCGCUAGCGACGGUGAAAGCGAGCUUCCGGUCAUCGAUUUCUCCAGGCUCCUCCAUCACCGUUUCUCUCGGGAAGAGUCUGCUAAGCUCCACCACGCCUGUGCAGACUGGGGCUUCUUCCAGUUGAUAAAUCACGGAGUUCCCGAUCAAGCGAUGGAAAAGAUGAAGGCCGAUAUAGCAGAAUUCUUUAAGCUUCCCUUGGAAGAGAAGAAGGCAUUUGCGCAGUUGCCGAACAGCUUGGAAGGUUACGGCCAAGCCUUCGUCGUGUCUGACGACCAAGAGCUGGACUGGGCGGACAUGCUGUACCUCAUAACUCGACCACUCCAGUCGAGGAACAUCGAUCUCUGGCCAGCACAACCUUUCACUUUCAGAGACUCUCUCUCUUGCUACUCCAUGGAGCUGAAGAGCGUGGCAGGAACUUUGCUGGAGGUGAUGGCGAAGAAUCUGGGGGUCGCACCGGAGGAGUUCUCUACUAUAUUUCAGGACCAACCGCAGGGAGUGAGGAUCAACUAUUAUCCCCCAUGUCCAAGGGCUGACGAGGUGUUGGGCCUCUCGCCACACACGGACGGCAGCGGCUUGACGUUGCUCCUACAGGUGAACGACGUUGAAGGACUCCAUAUCAGGAAGGGGGGGAAUUGGUUCCCGGUGAAGCCACUCCCCGGCGCUCUCAUCGCUAACAUCGGUGAUAUCAUCGAGAUAUUGAGCAACGGUGUAUACAAAAGCAUCGAGCAUCGGGCGAUAAUAAACGCCAAGGAAGAGCGCCUCUCGAUCGCUACCUUCCAUGGGCCAAGAGAAGAUUCGGUGAUUGGUCCUCUUGAGAUCGUGAAGGGAUACAAGCCGAAGUAUGUUUCGAUGAGCUACAAAGAGUUCAUGAAAGCUUACUUCUCCACAAAACUGGAAGGGAGGAGACUUAUGGAAAGCCUCAAGUUAUAAAAGUCUCUAAUGUUAGAAAGUUAAUGGUGUGUUGCUUGAACUUAAUAAUAAGUGUGUUUCGGGAUAAUGCUAUCUACUUUAUCGAAGCAUCAAAUAAACACCUAGUGUUGUGUAUAUGAA